AAGAUUUCACAGAGCCACACGAGCGUGAGCACCAUGAAGGCCAGCAGCUGAUCGUCGUAGAACUCAAAGAGGAAGAAGAGAAUGCCGAUCAUGAUCUGCCAGGGGGAGGGGGUCGAGGGGUUGGAAGAGGGGGGCGGGAGGGGGCAAGGGGGGAGAGGAGGAGGAGGAGGAGGAGGAGGAGGAGGAGGAGGAGGAGGAGGAGGAGGAGGAGGAGGAGGAGGAGGAGGAGGAGGAGGAGGAGGAGGAGGAGGAGGAGGAGGAGGAGGAGGAGGAGGAGGAGGAGGAGGAGGAGGAGGAGGGAGGAGGAGGAGGAGGAGGAGGAGGAGGGGGAGACAGAAGCGUGACGAUGGAUGCACAGGGAGGGGAAUGGAUAAAAGAGCAAAUUGGCAGAGAAACAGCUGAAAGGAGAGCAGUUGAUCGGCGUAGAAC